AUGUAUCAAAAAAUUUUCAAUAAAUUAAAUUUCGCAAAAAAUGUUAAGACUAAUUUUUAUUUUCAAAGAAAAUUUAGUGAAGCAAAAAAAAACAUUGAAGUUAAAUAUAUAAAAGAGAAUAAAAAGAAAUAUGUAUUUUAUACAGCUGCUACUUCAAUAUCUUUAUCAAUAUUUCUCACAUAUGUGUAUGAAAAAUAUAUUCUUUAUAAAUGGAAUUAUAAGUAUGAUUAUUAUUAUAAUCCAAACUUAAAAAAUAUUGAAAAGAAGGAAAACGAAAAAAAUGAAGGCAAAAAGGAUAAAACAGUAUUGAAAAAUAUUAUAUUAGUUAGACAUGGUCAGUAUGAAAGAAAAUACAAAGAUAAUGAAGAAUCAAAACACUUAACUAAAGAAGGAUGUAAUCAAGCUGAAAUAACAGGAAAAAAAUUAAAAGACAUAUUAAAUAAUAAAAAAAUUAGUGUUAUUUAUCAUUCAGAUAUUAUAAGAGCUAAAGAAACAGCACAUAUAAUAAGUAAAUAUUUUCCUGAAGCAAAAUUAAUAAAUGAUCCUAAUUUAAAUGAAGGUACUCCAUAUUUACCUGAUCCUAUUCCUAAAAACUCCAAAUUUGAUGCACAAAAAAUUAAAGAAGAUAAUAAAAGAAUAAAUAAAGCAUAUGAAACUUAUUUUUACCAACCUACUGGUGAUGAAGAUGAGUAUCAAUUAGUAAUUUGCCAUGGAAAUGUUAUAAGAUAUUUUUUAUGUAGAGCCUUGCAACUUCCUUUAUUUGCCUGGUUAAGAUUUUCAAGUUAUAAUUGCGGUAUUACUUGGCUAGUUUUAGAUGAUGAAGGAUCUGUUAUACUGAGGGAAUUUGGCUCUGUUUCUCAUCUUCCUUUUGAAAGUGUUACAUAUUUUUAA